CGUUCCUUUGUGCUUAGCAUAACAUUAUACUCAUUCAUUAGUUCAUGUUUCUAAUGUUAAUGGAGUUUCUAAGUCGUCACAUCUCUCUUUUUGCGCUUCUUUUUACAACAGUACUUCUGAACCCUGAUGUAGUAUUUGCCACUACUACCAAAACUUGCGAUUUUCCUGCCAUCUUUAACUUUGGGGCCUCAAACUCGGAUACAGGAGGCUUUGCUGCGGCUUUUCUACAGCCAGGACCACCACAAGGAGAUACAUAUUUUGGAAGACCUGCCGGAAGGUUCUCUGAUGGCCGAAUCAUCCUUGAUUUCAUAGCACAAAAUUUUGAACUUCCAUAUCUCAGUGCGUAUCUUAACUCUUUGGGUGCCAACUACUCUCACGGUGCGAGCUUUGCAACAUUAUCAUCAACAAUUAGACUCCCUGAAAGUGUUGUACCGAAUGGUAGAUCUAGUCCUUUCUUCCUUGGACUUCAGUACCUUCAAUUUCAACAAUUCAUAUCCAGAUCACAAUUCAUAAGAGAACAAGGCGGCUUGUUUGCAACAUUGAUGCCCAAAGAAGAAUAUUUUUCUAGAGCUUUAUACACAUUUGAUAUUGGUCAAAAUGAUAUUACCGUUGGUUUUUAUGACGACGACAUAACUAUACAAGAAGUUCAUCAUUCUGUACCAGAUAUAAUCAAGACUUUCAUAGUGAAUAUCAAGCUCAUAUAUGAUUUGGGGGCUAGAUCAUUUUGGAUACACAACACAGGACCAAUUGGAUGUCUCCCUGCUAUAUUGACAAAUUUUCCAAAAGCUGAAAGAGAUUGCUAUGGUUGUGCAACACAAUAUAAUGAAGUAGCAGAAUAUUUCAAUAAAAAAUUGAAGGAAGCAUUAGCUCAACUCCGUCAGGAGCUUCCUCUAGCUGCAAUUGCAUAUGUAGACAUAUAUUCUCCUAAGUUAGAUCUUUUUCGCAAUCAUGAGAAAUACGGAUUUGAGAUUCCACUAAUCAAUUGUUGUGGCUAUGGAGGGAAAUAUAAUUAUACUGAUGGAGUUGCAUGUGGGCAAAACAUAAAGGUAGAUGGUGAAGAAAUUUUUGUGGGCUCAUGUGAAAGCCCAUCUACUAAAGUGAUAUGGGAUGGGACCCAUUAUACAGAAGCAGCUAAUAAGAUCGUAUUUGAUCUUAUAUCAACCGGGGCUUUCUCAGAUCCACCCAUUCCUUUAAAUAUGUCAUGUAGCAAAAAUUUCAUAUAA